GUUGUUUCUGCCCUGGCGCAUUGAGGCCGGCAGGGCGCACGCUUUGUUUGUGGAUCUGUGAAACGGGGUUUAACCAGAGGGGCCAGUGUGCGCGGCGUGUGUGAGUGUGUUUGUGUGUAGGUAUAUGUGCCACAUCUGUUGCGCACCGGGGGUGACAGUGAAGACAUCAGGGCUCGCACAUCACGUUCACGACUAGUUCAAACUUGAACUUGAGGGCAUCAAGGGCAGGAAAUAAUAACGCGCGGUGACACGACGUGAACAGGGAAGUGACUGAAUCCACCCUGGCUUUCUGAGCGAGUGAGAGUUUACGGCUCGGUACGAAGAACUGGCCUUGGUUCCAGGACCAGUGGGACAGGGGCAGCGAUACAGUGGGUGAUGGAGGGAGGACGUGCGGAGUAACACUUACUGGAUGAGCUGCUUUCCACUCAAGAGGAAGAAGAGAAGGAGCCCAGCGCUUAUCACUGUUGUGAAAUCUGCCUUAAACUGAAGCCCUGCUUGAUCAUGGCCCAGUGGCAACACAUGUCCCAGCUUAUCCAGCGCCUGCCUGAUGACAUCGUCAACAACCUCUAUCCCCCAAACCUCUUCCCCAUUGAAGUCAGACACUUUAUAGCUGAAUGGAUUGAGAACCAAAGAUGGGACGACUUUUCGCCGGAGAAUGUGGAGCAAGAGAGCCAGGCCCGAGCUCUUUUGGACCAGAUCAUCAUCAUGUUGCAGCAGAAUGCUCAGCAGAAUGCGAAUGUGGUGGUCAAGAUGAAGUUGAUGCAGAUCAGCAGGUCCAUGACUGGGUUUCAACGGCAGCCACUACAGUUUGCAGUGCUCGUCAGGGACGUCCUCAGGAAGGAGCGGGGUCUGCUCAACACGCCCACUCAGAUCCCCAGCCCUCCCGCAUACCAGUAUGAGAGUGGAGAACCGUCGUUCCCCAACAUGCAGGAUGUGGACCACCUGGUUCUGAAGGUGCUGGAGGUCCAGAACAUUCGACAGAAAAUGCACCAGCUCCAGGAAGAGCUCAACUGGGAGAGACAGAACUAUGAGGGUUUACAAGGGCCAAUCCAGCAGAACGGACUGGAUGCCAAAAAAUCUGAAAUCCAGAAACACAUCCAGCAGUUGGAGUACAAUGUGAAUGCAAUGGCCACGAAACGCUUCCAGCUGCUGCAGGAGUGUGUGGACUGUCUGGACCAGUGUCAGGUCCGACUGCUCAGCAGGCUGAAGGCGUGGAGGUGGGAGCAGUGCAAGGCCGCCAUCGGACAGCCCUUUGAUGAAAACCUCAACCCCCUGCAGACCUGGUGUGAGCAGCUUCUUGGGGUGAACGGUAACCUGCGACAGGAGUUGAUGCUGAUAGUGGAACACAUCCCAGAGCUCCAGGAACGACUGAGGCAACUUCAACAGGUUCUGAUUCAAAGCUCUCUUAUAGUGGACAAGCAGCCCCCGCAGGUCAUUAAGACUCAGUCAAAGUUCUCCACCACUGUGCGAUAUCUGCUGGGGGAGAAAGUGGCUCCUGGGAAGCCUGUGGUGCUGAAGGCGCAAAUCAUUAAUGAACUGCAGGCCAGGAACCUGGGCAGUGUCCCUGGUGAUAAUGUCGGGGAGCUGAUCAACAACACGGCCAUCCUAGAACACAACACAGCCAGCAAGAGCACAUGUGCUACCUUUAGGAAUAUGUCCAUCAAGAAGAUCAAGAGAGCCGACAGAAAGGGAUCAGAGUCUGUGACAGAGGAGAAAUUUGCUCUCCUGUUUUCCACAGAGAUCACCAUCACAGGCUGUGACACUCCCUACAGGAUACAGAUGAUCUCGCUGCCGGUGGUAGUCAUUGUCCACGGAAGUCAAGACAACAACGCUCUGGCCACCAUCAUUUGGGACUGUGCUUUUUCUGAACCAGACAGAGUGCCGUUCGUCGUGCCGGACCGCGUCCCCUGGAGGAUGAUGUACAGUACUCUCAACAGUAAAUUCACCUCUGAGGUCCAGACGAAGCACAACCUGGACCCCUACAACCAGCACUUCUUGGCCCAGAAGAUAUUUGACAAGCCUGACUUUUCUGACGACUUCAGCAACAUGAUGGUUUCCUGGGCCCAGUUUAAUAAGGAGGUUCUCCCGGGUCGACCUUUCACUUUCUGGCAGUGGUUUGAGGGAGUAAUGGACCUGUCCAAGAAGCACCUGAAGAGCUACUGGAGCGAAGGGCUGAUAUUUGGUUUCAUUGGGAAGCAGCAUCUCCACCUGAUUCUCCAAGACAGGCCCAACGGGACGUUCCUUCUUCGCUUCAGUGACUCAGAGAUCGGAGGCAUCACCAUUGCUUAUGUGUCUGCUACUGAGCAUGGGGCCCAGAAAAUUCAGAAUAUCCAGCCCUUCAACAAGAGAGACCUUGAGAUCCUCAGCCUUGGUGACCGCAUCCGUGACAUCAAUCACAUAACUCACCUGUAUCCUGAAUUCCAUAAACAUGAAGUUUUUAAAAAAUUCUACUCAGAGCCUCAAACAUCACCCAGUGGGGGUUACAUCCCGGUGACACUGCAAACCAAAAUCGGCGUUGAAGCUCGCUCAGCGAUGCCCCCUCCGCGCAUGGCCGAUAACUUCCCUGGGCAACAGUUCCAGCAGGCGUUCAGCCCGCAGGACUCGAUCGCUCAAGACAUGGACACUGCAACUAAUUCCGAGGUGGAGUUCAGCCCAAACCCUCCUGUUGUCUUCCCAGAGGAUCUUCCCAGAGGUAACGACAUGGACCUGGAUUUGGACAGACUUCUCCGGACACUGGAUGAAUAACAAGAUGUCCCAUCAAAACUCUUGUGGAAGGGCAAAGCAGACGUCAAAGAGAGACCCGAGACAAACUCAUAUGAACCUACUUAUCAUCAUAUAAGAUAAAGUGUUUGUGCAGACAUUCUUCCUUCACUGUCAUUUCCCAUCUACACCUUCAUCUGCCUCUCUUCAGAGACAGAUUUUAUGUCUCUGGGACUCUGAGCUGGAGGAAGCAUGGAAUCGUUUUGUGGGCAAGUAAAACUGAGAACAAACCAGAAUGAAAAACGCAGUCAUUGCUGUCUUCCGGCCUUCUGUGCUUUGUUCUGCACUUUAAAAAACAACCACUUUGCUCUCUAUUCCCUGAUGCUGGGUUUGUGGCUGUUGAUUUCUUUGAUACAUUUGUGUGAAUUCCGGAAAAAAAGUGGAUUACUGUAUUGAUUACAGCGCUUUUACAACAGUGACUAAUUCUAUGUGAUAGCUGACAGUGUGAUGUUCAUUGAAAGAUAAAGGUUAAAAACAGAACAGUGAGCUGGUGGAGAUUAUAUUUCAGGGUAUGAAUCUUAUCACAUGAGCACAUGUUAGCCUUUGUGUUUGUUGCAUAUUUGAAUGUCAGCUUUACUGUAUAUAACUCUCCUUGUGAUUGGAAAGCUUGAGAAGCCUCUGCUAUAUUAUGUUAUUUCAGUCAGUUACACAGUGAUGAACAGUAUGCAUGGUUAAUGUUUCAUAGCUCAGCUAUGGGUCAAUAAAUGUUUAUAGCUCUAACCUAUGCUGUGGUAUAGUGAGGAUAAGAAACAUGAUAGGAACGUUUUUCACUGAAAAUUAAAAUGAAAGUGAUGAUAAUGGUGGCAGGCAUCAUUUAUAUCAUAUUAGGUCAAUUAAUGUAUCAACUAUACCAUCAAGAGAGCACUUAUAAAUAUUACAUAUAAAAAGGCUUUGCUCGAUAUUUUAAUUUUAAUUUCUCCUUGCUUUCUGCGAUUCAGUCUGUGUCCAGUGAUAAAACUGUGAAACCCAA